CGGCAGCCAGCAAAAGCCCAGUCUCCCCGCCGCGAGCACCCGCCGCUCCCCAAUUCGAUCUCUCCAAAAUGUCUUCCGCAUCGCUCCUCCCGGCCACCUCUGCCGGGGCGCAACUCUGCCCCUCCCUAGCGCGACCCCUCCGCCGCCGUUGCUGCCGCGUCAUGGCCGCCUCAACCGCGCCGCCGUCGAACGGACUCGGACUCAGCCGCCGCGCCGCCUCCCUUGCCGGUGUCGCCGCCUGGCUCGCCACUGCCGCCGGCCGGGCAGAAGCCAGUCCGUUCGACAACUACGUCAAGAGGAAGAAGCUGGAGCCACUGGAAGCGUACGUCCCGGCUGUGCUGUUGACGCAAGACCAGUUCAGGGAUUUAGAGAAAUCUUUAGAGUUUGACAAGCCAAAGUAUGACGAGAGCAGAUCAUUGCUCCGUUCAGGUCCAGCAUCCUCUCUGCGUGUCAAUAUUCGAGCAGUGGCACAAUAUGCAUCCAGUAAUGGCCAAGGCAAAGCUGCCACUGAUGCUGUGGAUGAAUGCUUACGAGCGUUGGAAGAUCUCGACUCACUGCUACUAAAGGCAACACGGAAAGACCCAUCAGCAUCUGUUGAAACCAUGAGGAGCAAAAUCGCUGUUGCCCUUGGAGCAUUAGACAAUCUCCUGCAAACCGUGCCGUCAGCAGUUAUGGAUAAAGGAAAGGCGAUUGCUGAUGCAUACAGGACCCCUUCGGAUGGUUAUUAUGAAGAGAGCAAUGGUGCAGAGUUGGAUCCCAGUAUGAAACAGCUGCAGGAUAUCCUUUAAUGCUCAAUCUUGUUGAGAUUAACACCUCUCGCUCUGUUAAGUUUCGCCAGCAUCAUUGUACUAUUCAGGGCCGAGCCGGCAAAAUCCAGGGCCCCGUGCGAAACUCUAAAAUCGGGCCCCUAUCUUACAAACAAAUCCGAACUAUUCAACAAAUAUAAUGUAUAUGUCUUACUAUCUUAUAGGAAAUUGGAUAUAAAUUAAGAGCCAUACCUAUUACACUCCAA